GUCUAAGAUAUGACUGUCUAAUACAAACUAAUAGAAAGCUCAGAUGUUGAAUAUUGAUUUUCGUGAAAUCAUUGUGAUUAAAUUACGGAAAUAGUCAUUUAACAGGUAAAACAAUAAAAAGAGAUUUUAAACGGUUCAUGAAUGCGUAUCGGCUCUCAAGUGACACCUAGAGUCGACUCGUACAAAACUAUGAUUUGAUUCCCAUGUAACAAGCUCCCAAUCUGUUAGAGUAAUGAAAGAUGAAACUGACAAAAACCUGAACGUUUAUCUUUAAAAAAACAACAAUGUACAUACACUAAUAUAAAAAAUAUUUUUAUAUUUCUAUAACUAAUGCGUAUAUUUUCUUCUGGUAACCAUGUGACCUGAGUGAACCAGGAAGAACUCAUUGGUGUCUCUGAAGACAAGCUGCAACUUUGUGUUUUCUUUUCCUUUUCUGCAAAUCUGAAGUAAGCAGUUGUUGUUUAUUAUGGACGGUGACUCGAAUGUAAUGAAAAAUAAGAGUGCUAACCUGAGAAGAAAGAGAGAGGAGACAGAGGAUGUAGGUGGAAAGAUUGCUAAAAUAGGAACUGAGUCUUGCUCAGAUGAGUCAGUGAAUCAGAGAAGUGUCCAUGAAGUCAUAACCUUCAAGACGUCUCAUCUACCAGCAGAGCACUAUGAUCCGGACACAACCGAGCCCGUCAGCUCUGCCUUGAAGUCUUUAGAUGAGCUGCUUUCCUGGAAGCGCAGCAGUGCAAAUCCAUUCAACAAGGCCACCGUCCUGCUGGAGAAAAGAUGGCCAUCACUGCAAGACUCUCCGAUGAGGACGCUCGUCUGUCAUGACAUGAUGGGAGGAUACCUGGAGGACAGGUUUAUUCAAGGUGCCGAGGUGGACACACCGUAUGUGUUCUAUCACUGGGAAUGUAUUGACAUUUUCAACUACUUUAGCCAUCAUAUGGUGACCAUCCCUCCUGUUAUGUGGACCAACGCUGCUCACAAACACGGCGUGCUCUCGCUAGGCACCUUCAUCACAGAGUGGACCGAAGGAGAGAAGAUAUGUGAGGCUUUCCUGGCCGGAGAGGAGCAGUAUCGACCAGUCGCUGAUCAGCUGGUGCAGAUUGCGCACUGUUACGGUUUUGACGGAUGGCUCAUAAACAUCGAGAAUGUGCUGAGUGAAGGCUCUGUGAAACACAUGGCUCCAUUCCUGCGUUACCUCACUGACCAGAUGCAUGAGCAAGUUCCCGGCAGUUUGGUGAUCUGGUACGACAGCGUUCUGGAGGACGGUAGACUGAAAUGGCAAAACCAACUCAACAACAGCAACAGAGUGUUUUUUGAUGCGUGUGAUGGAAUUUACACCAACUAUAACUGGACAGAGAGCAGCCUGGAGGAUAUGGCAUCCGAUCCAGCAGCACAGGGACGUCUGGCUGAUAUUUAUGUCGGCAUUGACGUGUUCGCAAGAGGAGACGUAGUAGGAGGAAAGUUUGAAACAAAUAAGGCUCUUGAGCUGGUGCGUAAUCACAGACUUUCUACAGCCAUUUUUGCUCCUGGUUGGGUUUACGAGUGCCACGACAAGGUGGAUUUCCGCAAGAACCAGGACAAAUUUUGGGGCUUGUUGUCAGACUUCCUUUACAUUCACCAUCCUGAGUGUCCUCUUCCAUUUAUCUCCUCAUUCUGUCAGGGUUAUGGAAGUCAAUUCUACUGGAGAGGGAAGGUAGAGCAGAACAAAACCUGGAUGAACCUGAGUUCGCAGGAGCUGCAGCCUCUUUAUGUGAUGAAGAAUCUGGAAGCAGGAGGCUGGUUUCAGACUCAAGGCUGCUCAGAGAAAGUGUGGACAGGAGGGAAUUCACUCCUCCUGGAAGGAAUCAUGCCCAAAUCACUGUCUAAAAUCUGUGCCAGGAUAUUUUCACUCCACGUGCCGUUGGCCUCAAGGACGUUCAUCUCAUGCGUCUAUCAUCCGUCAGAAAGGGUGAAUAUCUCUUUAGAGCUGAAAACCACAGAUGCUGCUAUGAGUGAGGAGAUGACGAUUGGUAAUGUGAUUCCAGUGGGGUUGGAUGAAGAUCAUGAGCUGGUGAAGCAAUUUACUCAGAGCUAUGGAGAGCAGAAAGCAGAAGGCUGGAUUAUCAGGUGUUUCCUGCUGGAGGGGUCCAGUUGUACUCUCAGAGAGGUGUGUGUCAGUGUGUCGCGAAAAGAAGCAGAAUCACAGGAUCUUCCAUUUAACUGUAGGAUCGGAGAGAUCAUGGUGUUGGAUCCAGAGUCUAUCUUCAUGCCUCCGUUGCCCAUCGAGAACAUGUGUGUAUCUGAUGUGGUGUGGCACAGAGGAGAUGUUGAUGUCGAUGGUAAAGCUACAAAAGUAUUUCUGAACGCUACUCUACACUGGAGCUACCCGACUCGACUGCAGCGGUAUUUUCGUGUGUACUGGCGUCACGUACGUGGCCCAGAUCCUCGGGUCGGGCCUGGACCGCCUGUUCUUAUCGGCCGAGCGUAUUCAACAGUGUACCGCGUGGUAGAGAUUGAGGUUGGACACAAGUCUGGAGUGAUUGACCUCCUGGUGGAGCCGGUGAGCAGAGAAGGUUGCUGCUUGCCUGAGUCUCACUGGGGGAGACAGACCCUGAGCUACACCCAAUCCUCCGAUACAUAAACAUACACAAAGAUUGUUUUAGUAAAGCACUUUAAGUGUUUAAGACUUUAAGUGUUUAAGUCUUUAACUUUAAGUGUGUAUUUUGUAUUGCUUCUGCCUUUAAAAAACUUUUUUUUUUUUAAAUACCUUCACCUGCCUUUUUUAUCUGACUAAAUUGAGUGAUUUUCCUAAGCAGACUGAUAUUUGGAAAGGUGGGUUGUGUUCAUUCAGCUACAAGAGUAUUAAUCAGAUCAGUCACUGAUGUAAGAGUGAUGAGGUCUGGGGUGCAGUCAGUGUUUCAGUUCAUCCCAAAGGUGUUCAGUGGGGUUGAGUCAGAGUCAGGGCUCCGUGCUGGGCCCUUGAGAUCCACUCCAACCUUAAUGCACAUAGUCUUCAGGGAUGUUGCUUUGUGCACAGGGGCAUUUUCAUGCUGGAACAGUGUUUGUGCAUCUUUAGGUUCACGUGAAGGGAAAUUGUACAAUGCAGCAUACAAAGACAUUUUAUAUAAUUACUGUACGUCUCCAGCUUUUGCCAGCAGCUUAAGAAAGGCUCACAAUAUUGCCAUAUAGUGUAGCAGUGAAAGUAGACAGUAAGAAAUCUAUGCAAAUCCUGGCUUACAUUCAGUGACCUGUAAUAGAGAGCAGAUCCUAGGUAACAUAAUAAAGUGGCACCUUAAGUGCAUUUUAUUUAAUUCUUAGUGGUUUCUUAAUGAAUAAAAUCACUGCUUAGUACCAAAAUAGAGAAAAGGGAGAAUUUAGAUAAAAGACCAUCUGUUGUAUAGCCUUAACAAAACACCUAUGUAGAUGACAUGUAACUGUUUAAGUAAUUUCAUUUUGCCUUUUUUGCUAUUUAACAUCUAAUUUGUUUUAAAUUCUAUUAUAAAUAUUGUAAAGUUCACUACAAUCCAAACUAGAUUCAGAUUUAGCCCGGUUCACUCAGUGAUGUAGUAAACUGUAAUCACUAGACCUUUUGCUGCUUGCUCUGCUGUGCCCUAACAGGUGAAUUUAAGUAAACGAUUUAAGCUGAGAAUUCAUUUCUACAACUAAUAUGUAGAAAAACAAUCAUUUAUUUCAGCCGGUUUAUCUUGAUAAAAACACUAUAAAAGUCAGUUUGAUCAAAUAAAAGAAAUUUUGGUGUGAAGCCAGAAAACAAAGAAGCACUGAUUUUGGUAAAGUGUGUUGAUUGUCUAAAUUGGACAAGCAGCUGUUUUCACUCCUGUUGCGUCACCAUCUUCAACAUCCUCAGCGCCAUCGAGCCCUGGUCAGACGGGAUCUAAGAGGAAAUAAAAGAAAAAGUUUAUUACAUUUACAGCAUUUACUUAUCCAGAGCGACGUACAUUAGUCCAUAAGUGCUUUAAAUCUCUAACAUUAGAUACAUUAAUGCUGGCUCACUGGGUUACAUACUUAAGAUACCAUGAGUUUAAAACAUUGUUCAAAGUUUUACAUUUAUAAGCAUCUUUUAAAGGAAGUGGAAGUAGCCCGACUUCCUCUUUCAGACAUAUGCAUAUGACCGUGAAUGUAUACCUUGUAUAUGUAUACAUGAUGUAUAUGAUGACUUCCUCCUUCAGGUUCAACAACACUGAUCAAAAGCUUUUUUCUCCCUAAAUUUCCUGCAUCUUUCAUUCUUACUUUAAUGUGGUUGGUUGUAUUAAUAUAUAUUCAGCUUAUACAAUAAAGUCAGGAUUAAAACUACUUCAUUAC